AUGGGUCGAAGAUAUUAUUGUGAUUAUUGUGAUAAAAGAUUACCACCUGGUUUAACUCAUCGAAAAACUCAUAAUAAAAGUAUUCAGCAUAUAAAUAAUAAACGAGUCUAUUAUCUUCAAUUCAAAGAUCCUAUUGAGAUGUUGAUAGAUGAACGAUCAAAAAGAAUUUGUAAUAAAUGGACUCAAACUGGUUCAUGUCCUUUUGGUAAUAAUUGUAAAUAUUCACAUCGAUCAAAUUAUGAUCUUAUUCAAUUAAUUGAACAAACAAAACAAAGUAGUUUCUUUUUUAUUCAACAAUUUUGUUUUUCAAAUAUUUUUACUUAA